AUGCUGUGUCUCAAUUGUUGUUGCCAAUUCUUCGUCGAGAAAUCGUCGCUUAUUGUGAUAGUACUAACGAUCUUGUUUCUUUCUUCACUCAGUUCUGUAUUUGCCCUUUCUCCUCCCAUAGUUUCACCACCUCCAUCAUCCAUAUUCAACACCCCCAUACAAAUAAACAUCACAUGCCAAGAUCCCAAUACAUUUAUCAUCAUUCAAACCGAAGAAGAAGGAUUAAAUAUCACUAACUAUACUCAAAAUACCACUUCCUUCAUUAACUUGGGAUUUGUCAUGUCCAAUAUUUCAUUUUCAUGUUCCUGUUCAGACCCUUUCAAUCACACCAGUGAAAUGCUACAAGUCCGAUAUCAUAUCCAUCUAAGAUCUCCACAACCUCCAAGAUUUGAUCCGAAAGGUCAUGACUCUCAAUCCUACCAAGGUCCUCUUUCCCUGUCAAUGUCUAAUCCGGAGGUAAUUCCACCAGAUCAAAGUAUUUCACAAGAAAUUUGGUACACCUUUUCAACCUCUCAAGUCAAUCCUCAAUUUUUAAAAUAUGAUCCUUCCACACCCAUCAUGCUGACAAGUGGCACGACAUAUAUAGUACGAGCUAAAACGAAAUGGAGCUAUUUCGACGCUUCUUUAAACUUGUUGUUUAGUGAUCAAGAAUAUGGACGGGAACCAUUGAUCGUUUUGGAAAGUUCAAUAGUUUCAGAGAAGUAUAUCGUCAUGCCACAGUGUUCGUAUCCAGUGCCUUCCAUUGCACCUGGAGUGUAUUGGGAGGAGGUUUUGAACGUAAAUUUUUCAAGAAUGCAUUGGAGUGGAAUGAAUAAUUUGUCCUUGCAUGUCAAGUUGGAUCAACAGGACUUCCAAAAUUGGCAAUUUUCGAAUUCCAUACAGUUGUGGAAUGAUGGAAAAAAUCAUACAAUUCAAGCGUUUGUAAAUGGAAGUGCAUGUUCUCAAAGUGAAUUAUUCCACGGAAUUUAUGUCUUUAAAAAACCUCUUCCUCAACCAAUUUUCAUUCCACCAAAUUCUCCUGAUGGAUUCCUUCAAGGAACAAUUCUCUCCAUUUCAUGUCCUUCCAAUUUCACAUUAACUCUCAAUGUCUCCAGGAGUAAUUCCCAACAUUUAACCACUCAAUCUCAAUCGUUUCAACGAGUUUCAUCACCUUUUCUAUUACGUCUCAAUGAAUCCAUGAAUAUUGGUGCAUUGUGUGAAGAAGACGAAUUGGACAACCUGUCGUCAGCAUUUCCUACAACAAGCGUUCUCUCAUACUUUUAUCAAGUCUAUUCAAUUGCAAGACCUGUCCUUUCUCAGUCGUCGAAAACAAAUGUAGGACCCAUGAACCUUUCCAUUUCAUGCUCAGCAUUAGAUUCUGCUCCGUGUGGAAUUUUAUAUACCUUGGACGAAAGCAUUUCCUUAUUAAGCAAUUCCAUGAAGAAAGGAGUGAUAUUUUCGAAUCAAAGUAUAGUGAAUGUCACUCUCUCCAAUUAUGGUUUGAAUACCUUGAAAGUGGUUGCCAUGGAUUUAAAUUCGGGAAUUAUAUCUCCUCAAGUGGAAGAAAAGUUGGCAGCUGACAUUCGCAUUGAAUCUCUUUCGAGUGAUGGAAUUUUGACCAGUAUUUUAACAAGUUCCAAAAUCUCACCCUUCACACUUACUCUCGAAACCAACACUUCUGUCUUUAUGAAUUUCUCCAAACUUCAUCAUGUUCCAAGUAAGGAAUUUUCAUUUCGAAUUCAUGUCUUGAGACUUCCAAAAAAAAACAUUCAACUCUUCCCAAGUUUGCAAAUUCCAAUUAGUUCAAGUCUACAACAGACCUUGUAUACGGUAGAAAUUGUCUUGUUGGUAUUGUCUCUCACGGGACUAUCAUUACUGAUUGCCAUAAUUAUUGUGUGUAUUAUUGUGAGAAAGAGAAAGGAAAAACUUCAUCAGCAAAUGGUGGCGAAAUAUGAUUUGCAAUUUGAGAGAAUGGAUCGACAACAAUUUCAGUUCUCGUCCUUUGAGGGAGUGGAUGAUGUGUUCAGUGAUGACGAAGAGGCAAAUCAUGGAGGAAUGGAAAUGUUCACCCCAAAUCAACAGCAACAAUAA